CUUAUAUACCCAUCGUUUUCGCAUUCCUCUCUCGCUGAUCAAACUCUUCCAUUUCUCUCCGUCGUCUCCACCGCCAUCCACCACUCAAAUCAAUGGCGUUAUACGUUCUCUCACGCCGUUUAUCAACUAGAUCAACCUCAACAACACUACUCACCUUACGUUUCACUUCCAACUAUUCAUCAUCCUCUUCAUUCCGAGAAGAAAGAGAUACAUUCGGACCCAUUCAAGUUCCCUCCGACAAAUUAUGGGGAGCACAAACUCAGAGAUCUUUGCAAAAUUUCGAUAUCGGUGGCCCCCGUGAACGUAUGCCUGAACCAAUUGUUCGCGCUUUCGGUAUCUUGAAAAAAUGCGCUGCUAAGGUUAAUAUGGAGUAUGGUCUUGAUCCGACUAUUGGGAAAGCGAUUAUGCAGGCGGCGCAAGAAGUUGCUGAAGGGAAACUAAAUGAUCAUUUUCCACUUGUUGUUUGGCAAACUGGAAGUGGCACUCAAAGUAACAUGAAUGCUAAUGAGGUUAUUGCCAACAGAGCAUCAGAGAUUCUUGGCCAUAAGCGGGGUGAGAAGUUUGUGCACCCAAAUGACCAUGUGAAUAGAUCUCAAUCUUCUAAUGAUACAUUUCCAACUGUAAGUCUGUUGUAUAUCUUUAGCAAUUUCAUCUCCAAAAGUUUCUUAUCAAUCAAUCGCUUUCUGUCAUGUGCAAUUCCUUUUACACUGUUUCAUAUUUCUUUACUAUGUGUUUUUUUUCUCUCUUUCCAGGUGAUGCACAUUGCUGCUGGAAUGGAAAUAAACUCAAGACUAAUCCCCGGCUUGAAAACGUUACAUUCUACACUUAACUCAAAGUCAAUUGAAUUCAAAGAUAUUGUCAAGAUUGGACGCACUCAUACUCAAGAUGCUACACCUUUGACUCUCGGACAAGAGUUUAGUGGGUAUACUACACAAGUGAAGUAUAGUAUUGAUCGUGUGAUUAGCACUUUGCCACGCAUGUAUCAGCUCGCCCAGGGUGGUACAGCUGUAGGGACUGGAUUGAAUACAAAGAAAGGGUUUGAUGUUAAGAUAGCAACUGCAGUAGCUGAGGAAACACAUUUGCCGUUUGUAACAGCAGAAAAUAAGUUUGAGGCCUUGGCUGCCCAUGAUGCCUUUGUUGAAACUAGUGGAGCCCUCAACACAAUUGCGGCUUCUUUAAUGAAGGUUGCUAAUGAUAUACGGUUAUUAGGAAGUGGUCCUCGUUGCGGCCUUGGUGAACUCAUUCUUCCUGAAAAUGAACCAGGAAGCAGUAUUAUGCCUGGGAAGGUUAACCCUACCCAAUGUGAGGCUUUGACUAUGGUCUGUGCACAGGUCAUGGGAAACAAUGUUGCAAUCACCGUGGGUGGAUCAAAUGGUCAUUUUGAGCUCAAUGUAUUCAAACCUGUGAUUGCCAGUUGUCUCCUGCAAUCGGUGAGACUGCUGGGAGAUUCAGCUGCUUCCUUUGAAAAGAAUUGUGUAAGAGGUAUUCAAGCUAAUAGAGAUAGAAUUUCAAAGCUAUUGCAUGAGUCACUAAUGCUGGUCACAUCCUUGAACCCAAAAAUUGGUUAUGACAAGGCAGCUGCAGUUGCCAAGACAGCCCACAAAGAGGGGACUACACUUAAGGAAGCUGCAUUGAAGCUUGGAGUACUGAGCUCUGAAGAUUUCGACAGUCUUGUGGUGCCCGAAAAAAUGAUUGGCCCAACUGAUUAGUUAUCAUAUGAUGUGUUUUGUUUUAAUAAUUAUUACUUAGCUCCUCAUCAGCUACCUUGGAUUAAUAUUUUUGAAGCUUACCCAUUGAAUGAGUGGGAAAUGGCAAUCCAAAUAACCAAUGAUUUUGACUCUUAGUCGGCAUUCUUGAGGAAAGAGUUCCUCCAAAUUUGUAACGAGACAACAAAUAAAGGAAACAAUUUUGUUUACUGUCUUUGAAUUA